AUGGAAAUAGUACAGACUGAGAAUAGUUGGAAAAAAAGCGAGCAACACAAAUUAAACUUUUACAAAUGCGAAUAUGAACCCAUUUGGGAGAAGCCGGAACAAAUGAACUAUGAUUUAUGUAAUAGUCAUUACGGCAAAGGUGCAAAAAUAUGGACAGCACAAAAAACAUUAUCAAAUUCAACAAACUGUAUUCAUAAGAUACACAUGAUACCGUGCCAUGGCCUAUUAUUGGAGGGUCAAGCUUCAAUAAUAUACAACAACGAACGUAUGCCACCUAUAAGCUGCGGUGGAUUAUUUGGUGCUCCAAUGCCUUAUGAAUAUAUUACAUCCGAAACAGAUGUCCGAGCACCUCAAGCAACGAAUGAGAUGCUCGCGAAGAUUUACAUGAAUCAAAGUGUUCUCGCAAGUGCUCUGCACAUAAAAUGUCCGCGAUGCUCCGUAAGGAGCAGUUGGUAUGCGUAA